ACUUCAAAUGCUGUCCGUGGACGGGCGGCUCAUUGUCAGGAAGGCAGCGGCAGGGUGAGAGCGCAACUGAGCGGCCGCAGAGAGAGACAGGUAGAGGAGCCGGUUCCUCAGCCCGACACGCAGCUAACGCACCGCUGCAGUACAGGAGGGCACGCAGGCUGAGCCACGCUGAGCUGAUGAUGGAGCCAGGCGUCCUGAGUUUCAGACCAGACAGACGGAGCCCUCACAGGGAAGACCUGAGGUCUGGAUCUCACCACAGUCUUUACCUGAGCUCACCUCCACUCUACCUGCAACCCCCCAAGCUCUCCCCGACCAGAGAGGCCUACAGUGCAGCUUUCAGCCCCUUGACUCACCAUCGCCCCUUGGUCUAUGAUGGCCUCCAUUACACCCAGAGGGAAGGCUCCCAGAAACGGAAAAGAACUCCGCUCAAGAUGGAGGGUUCCACAUCCCCCGCCACUGGAGACGCGGAGGAGGAGGAGCACAGAAGCAACUCCAGGACUGUCAAUCUCUCCCACCUCCCCUUCUCCCUACCCCCUCACCCCCGUCUCCCUCCCUCCAGCAUGACCGUUCCUGGGAUGAUCGACCUGACCAGGUUCCAGAUGCACCAAAGGGCUCUAUCCAGGUAUGAGCCACAGAUGGGCCUCCCGGUGCAGGUGAAGCAGGAACCGCUCAGCCCCACGCCCACCUGGCCUCCCUCCUCACUCCUCCUCCACCAGCCUUCUCCGCCGUUCUUCCCCCCACUGCACACCAGCCUCCUCCCCUUCCCCUUCUUCAUGCCCGGGCCCGUCAUGCACCUCUCGCCCGGAGCCUUCUACCCCAGAGAGUCCCUGAGGCCGAGCCGGCGCGACCCGGACGGAGGUCCCCGGGGCGGGACGACCAGCGCCGAGAAGCUGGGCCUCAACGUCCACAUCGACGACAGCUACUACGUGGACGUCGGGGGGGACCAGAAGCGCUGGAAGUGCCGCAUGUGCGAGAAGUCGUACACAUCCAAGUACAACCUGAUCACGCACAUCCUGGGGCACAGCGGGAUUAAGCCGCACGGCUGCCACCUGUGUGGGAAGCUGUUCAAGCAGCUGAGCCACCUGCACACUCACCUGCUCACCCACCAGGGCACGCGGCCACACAAGUGCCAGGUGUGCCACAAGGCCUUCACGCAGACCAGCCACCUGAAGAGGCACAUGAUGCAGCACAGCGACGUGAAGCCGUACAGCUGUGGGGUUUGCGGGAGGGGAUUUGCCUACCCUAGUGAGCUGAGGGCCCAUGAGCUGAAGCAUGAAAAGGGCCAGGAGAAUGUGUGUGUGGAGUGUGGGCUGGACUUCCCCACUCUGGCCCAGCUGAAGAGACACCUGACGGCCCACAGAGGGCCAAGCCUUUAUAGGUGUACUGAGUGCCAGAAGACCUUCCAGUACCCUAGCCAGCUGCAGAACCACAUGAUGAAGCAUAAAGAUAUCCGGCCAUAUAUCUGCAGUGAGUGCGGCAUGGAAUUCAUCCAGUCCCACCACCUCAAGCAGCACACACUUACUCACAAGGGGGUGAAAGAGCACAAAUGUCGGAUCUGUGGUCGUGAGUUCACCCUCCUGGCCAACAUGAAGCGGCACAUUCUGAUCCAUACUAACAUCAGGGCCUACCAGUGUCACCUUUGCUUCAAGAGCUUUGUGCAGAAACAGACCCUGAAAGCCCACAUGAUUGUCCAUUCUGACAUUAAACCCUACAAAUGCAAGCUGUGUGGAAAGGAGUUUAACAGAAUGCAUAACCUAAUGGGCCAUAUGCACCUGCAUUCUGACAGUAGGCCCUUCAAAUGCCUCUACUGUCCCAGCAAAUUCACUCUGAAGGGGAACCUAACCCGCCACAUGAAGGUCAAACACGGGAUAAUGGACAGAGGCCUGGAUGGAAGAGUGUUCAGGCGACGGGGACGGUUCUGCCUUUCAACCCCUCUGGGUCUCCUCACCCGAUACAGCCAAGAGGAGCCCUUUGAUCUCUCCCAGAAGCCCCGGCGACCGCGGCCCAGCCUGCGUCUCUCCCAGUCAGAUGGGGAGAGCAUUCCGGGGAGCUCCUGCCAGGAGGACGAGGAGGAGAGCCAGUACCGGAGGAGCCAGUAUAGCCCUGAGGUUUACCAGCACCAUAGGGCUAGAGGGGUGUACCGUUCUGAGAAAGCUAGACAGAUGGAUAGACAGGACGUGGAAAUUGGUGCACAGGUGCACCAGGCCGGGGAAGGUAAAGAAGUUUAUCAGCAUGUGUCGGAGCCAGCAGAUGCAGGUGAACCGGUGGCAGGAAGACAAGCGUACGACUCAGAGCUUGGCGACAAGCUGCAUCAGCAAGAAAGGGACGACCAGGUGUAUGACGAGGUCCGUUACCCGAGGUUAGGUGAUACAGGCGAGGAUGUGUUCCCCUCAGAUUCGGAGGUGAACGAACCGUUGUAUCAGCUUGACCCCGACCAACUAGAGAUGGGAGAUCAGGUUUACCAUUCGGACCCGGGAGAGGAGAUGGUGGAUACACCUGAACCAUGUGAACGGGACUACCACUCAGACCCUGGUGUCUCAACAGAAACCACAGGGCCUGAUCAGGAUGAACAAGGGGACCUGGUUAGAUCUGGGAGCCGGGUGGAGGAGAAACAGCGAAAAAAACAUAGGCGUUAUCUGAGCAGGGAGGAAUACGGGUGUGUGAGGAGUUAUGAAGACAGUAAGAGUUCUUCUUUUACAGAGUAGUGACAGGGGGAUGAGGUUUGAGCAGGAGAGUAGUAACUCGAAGAAACUGUGAUAAAUAUGUUAUUUCAGACACAAACAGUUGUGCAUGUCAAAAUACAUCUUAAAGAAAACCUUGGGUCAAUAACAGGGGGCAAUUAUUUUGUAAAGAAAAAGCUUUAAAAAAGUUACAAAAAGUAUGUGAUAAUUUUUUUUUAUUCUUUUACUAUUUUAGUUUAAUUGGUAAAGCUUAUUUUGAGAAUCCCAAAAUAAUUUCUGUAGAUGCUGUAAAUAUUAUCUACUGACUAUCAGUAACAUUUUAACUGUCCUAACCCUUACCUUAUACUGAAUCCAAGCCCUAACUUUAACCCUUACCCUAAACCUUAUUCCAAACCGACUCUGACCCUAACCUAAGCAAGCAGUUGCUUGUCAACAGUUUUUUUUUUUUAAGUUUGUUAAUAGUAUUAUCUAGAGAACAUCUACAGAUGGAAAUUGGACUCUCAAAAUAAAGUGUAACCAUUCAAUUUAUAAUUAAUGAGCAUGGGAUUGAAUACAAUUUGAUUAGAAUAAUUUAUAUCUUUUAAUACUAGUUUUGAGUGAAUCUACUGAAAGCUUUAAAUCAGCCUGUAAAUUAUAUUGUUCUUUUCUGUGAUGUAAUGAGCAAACAAAUGUA